AAUCUGUGUCAGACUUGGACUACCAAGUGUCUCACUUUUACCGGACGUUACUACUGGAAACUAAGGUGGCGCCACAAAGAGGACUAGUUUCACCCCUAAAUUCAAAUUUCUAGCCCCACAGUUGGCAUAUUGAAUCGAUUCUCGAUAGAGCACUGAGAAGCCACUAAGAGUUGAGACCCUGGGAGUCUACAUUCGUAUAUAAAUAUACAUUCCGGAGCGGUCAGUGAUCGAAGUAAACAAGAUUUUUCCUGAAGUGAGUCAGGGUUCAAGGUACAUUUGCGUACAAUAGCAGUCAGAAUCAGUCGAGAGUAGCGCAGCUGCGCAACCAAAUAUUCGUCAAGCUGGGAAUUUGAAGAAAUAUCCAUGAAAGGAAAGGCUAGCCAUUAAAAUGGAAGCAGAUUUACCGGAUAGCUUUUACCGGAUACAGGCUGUUGAUCGGGCGUUACAAAUACCGAGUGUAAAUUAUUUAUGGGACAAAUCAACGGAAGUUUAUGGACGAGUAAAAGGUGCCAGUACUUUUGCGAAUUGGGCUUUUGGGACAGUUGAAAAUGUCUUGAACACAAUGCUCGAAAAAUCGUUACCAGUUGCCAGGUUGAUGGAAAAACCAAUAUAUACCCUAGACAAGACUCUGUGUCAAGGUCUUGACUUUGUGGAGGUGAAACUGCCUAUUAUUAAAGAAGAACCAAAGGAAAUCUUCGACCGAACAAAAUCGAUAGUUUCAAAACGCCUUCGACCUGCUGUACAGACAUUUAAAGAUUUUAAACAGGAAACGACUCAACGAGUGAGGAUUAUAACUUUACGAACAUACUAUAAGGCUCAUUAUUUAAGGAUCUAUAGUUGGCAACAAGCUGAUAAAAUGAUGUCGACUGAAACUGGUAUCAACAUUCUAAAAACUGUUGACAACACGACUGACCUAGCAGAACUCAUGCUCGAUAAAUAUCUUCCUGAUCCGUUAGACGAUAGCCACAAAGACGCAGAAAAUGAAUGCAGCGAACACGCAAAGUUGCACCAUACGGUGAUAAGACUGAGCGAAUUUAGCAGCAGAGCAUCGAGAAGAAUCUAUUUAGCCCUAAUUGAAAGACUGCAGCAUAUGUAUAAAAUAGAAAUUCUAAUAUUAAUUCUCCAUGCGUUGAUUGUUCUCCAGAUAAUUAAGAGUUUUGAGUGGAUGGUAACUUUUGUCUGCAAAGUGAUUAACGACUUUGUUCUUCUUUUAAUCUAAGAGUAACAUGUGAUAGACAAGUAUGUGUAAUCUGAAUGCAUCAUGGUACGAACUACCCGGUAAGAAGAGAAGAAUAGGGCAAAAUUAACACUUUCACUUUUAAACGAAAGAAUGAGCAUUAUUUAAUUUGUUUGAAUGUGCUCAUUUUUCAUCUGGAGAAGUUCCCAAAGAAGAAAUAGGUUUAUCUUCGAAACCAAUUCUUCUCUAUUCCUUUACGAUUGAUACCUGUGCUGUAUUCAAUGCAGGUGAACAUAUUUCCCGUUUUUUUUAUUCCGUUUAAUCCGAUCAGUAGACAUAACUCUCAUUGUUAUUUUUAAUGCCAUACUUACAUGCUGUAUUUUCGAUUAAUUUAAUUCCUUGAAAUCUGUCCACAAAAUGUGUGCACUUACAUAGUUUCUAUUCCUCCGUAUGCAACAUUAGUUUGGAAAUUUUAAUUUUUCUGUCUGCCAUAAGGGUGGAGUAAUUUUAAUUAUUAUAUUUUAUAUUGUUUAAACAAAUGAUAGAUUUAAUAACAUAAUAAAUAAUAAUAAAUUCAUUUCAUAUUGUUGUGUAAGGCAAAUAGAAUUUAUCUAUCUUUAAAAAUAAUUAUAAAAAUAUUCUUUGACAAUACUAUGAAUUGUUUCUAUGAACAUAAUUAUUUUAUAUUUACAACUGAAUUUUUUAAAAAUAGUUUAAAGGGAUUAGGUUUUGCUUCAUUAAAGUGAUAUUAUUCUCUUUCUUUCUAUUAUCUUUUUUGCGUUCCUUCAAUUUUUAAAUCCUCUCAUUACACUUCCAUUAUUAUUUUUCUAAGUCGAUUAAAAAGAAUAGAUUUUACUUUUUUUCUACUCUUUGGUGAAACUUUCGAUUAAGAAAAUUUGCGUAUUAAUGGGAAUUCAGAUUCUGUUUCUUUUUAAUUCUUCUCUUCUUACUACGUACUUAAUAUUAUAAUAAUAAUUCUAAUGACUAUGGUAAUUUAUGUUUUGUAAUUUUUGAAUAUUGUAACUCUGAUGAUUGUAGGGACUGAUAAAUUUAUUUUGUAUUAAAAUAGUCGAACUAAA